UGCUCGAUCACCCAGAAGUCAGACGGCUGCAAGUGAAAUGGAAGACGAUCAUAAGAGUCAUGAUUACCUGGCAGAGGGGCAGAGUCACAAAGCAGACAGUAUUGACCUGCCAAUGGGAGAAGACAGAAAGGCUUCACGGCCAAUGGAAGCAAAAGGGGCGGGGUCAGACAUGAUUUAUACCAUCGAAGACGUUCCACCUUGGUACCUGUGUGUUUUACUAGGACUUCAGCAUUACCUGACGUGUUUCAGCGGGACUGUAGCCGUCCCAUUUCUUCUGGCUGAGUCCAUGUGUGUCGGUCGAGACCAGAACACCAUCAGUCAGCUGAUAGGAACCAUUUUCACCACCGUCGGAGUCACAACCUUGAUCCAGACCACCUUGGGGGUCAGACUUCCUCUCUUUCAGGCCAGUGCAUUUGCUUUCCUGAUUCCUGCUCAGGCGAUCCUCAGUCUGGACCGCUGGAGGUGUCCCAGUGAGGAGGAGAUUUAUGGGAACUGGAGUCUUCCUCUGAACACCUCACACAUCUGGCAUCCCCGCAUCAGAGAGAUCCAGGGCGCCAUCCUGGUGUCCAGUGCGGUGGAGCUGGGGAUCGGUCUGUGUGGGUUGCCAGGUUUGCUGCUGGAAUACAUCGGUCCACUCACCAUCACUCCAACUGUCUCACUGAUUGGCCUGUCUGUCUUCACCACAGCUGGAGACAGAGCCGGGUCUCACUGGGGCGUGUCAGCACUGUGUAUUUUGCUCAUCGUGCUGUUUGCUCAGUACCUGAGAGCGACAUCACUUCCUGUUCCUUUUUACAGUCGAAAGAAAGGACUGACAACCACUAGAGUCCAGAUCUUCAAGAUGUUUCCUAUCAUCCUUGCCAUCAUGUUGGUCUGGCUCGUCUGUUACGUCCUCACUCUGACCGACCUGUUGCCAAGCGACCCUGAUCGCUAUGGACACAAAGCUCGGACCGACGCUCGAGGUGACAUCAUGACUUCAUCACCCUGGUUCAGGGUACCCUACCCCUGUCAGUGGGGGUUGCCGGUGGUUACGGUUGCUGGGGUGUUGGGGAUGUUAAGCGCAACCUUGGCAGGAAUUGUGGAGUCGAUUGGAGAUUAUUACGCCUGUGCUCGUCUGUCUGGAGCCCCAACCCCUCCGGUCCACGCCAUAAACAGAGGGAUCUUCACUGAGGGUGUUUGUUGCAUCAUCGCUGGACUUCUAGGAACAGGAAAUGGCUCCACCUCCUCCAGUCCAAAUAUAGGCGUUCUUGGCAUCACCAAGGUGGGCAGCAGGCGGGUGGUGCAGUACGGCGCCGGCAUUAUGUUCCUGUUGGGAUCGAUCGGGAAGUUUACGGCUCUCUUCGCCUCGCUGCCGGACCCGAUCCUCGGAGGGAUGUUCUGCACACUGUUUGGUAUGAUCACAGCUGUUGGUUUGUCCAACCUGCAGUUGGUCGAUUUGAACUCGUCUAGAAAUCUGUUCGUUCUUGGGUUCUCUGUGUUCUUUGGUCUGACGCUGCCGACGUACCUGGACUCACACCCCAAUUCCAUCCAAACAGGUCUGGCAGAACUGGAUCAGAUCCUUACAGUUCUUCUGUCCACUGAGAUGUUCGUUGGAGGUUUUUUGGCUUUCUGUCUUGACAACACAAUACCUGGUUCCCGACAGGAACGAGGUUUAGUCGAGUGGAGAUCUUCUUCCUCCUCCUCCUCUUCCUCCUCCUCCUAUGACCUUCCUUUGGGGAUGGGCGUGGUCAGGCGGACUCACUGGCUCAGACGGUUUCCGAUCAGCCCCUCUUUCAGAGGUUUCAGGGCAUCUGACGACCCACCGACACCUGAGGAGGAGGUGGAGGAGGAGCAAGGAAGAGGGGGAGAGGCAGAGGAAGCUGCUGACGUCCACCUGCCCAGCACUAAGGUGUGACUGUGAUGUCAUUAGUCACACCUGUGAGGUGACUGAACCAAAUCAGAGCAGCAGGAAGCUCUUCUGUUCAGGUUUUACUUUUUCAUUCACAGACAUUUGAUCACAUCAGAUGACUGAUCGAUCAGCUGAUUCGAUCAAUUAGCAUGAUGUCACAGCCCGUUAAACAGAGGGACGAUGUACUUCAGCCUCUGUUACCAUGGCAACCAGAUUAGCAGUACACCUACAACAGAAGCGCUCAGUGUUUUCAUGACUUUUAUUUAUGACAUCAAAAAAUGUAUUUAUUACACGUGUGAGAAAAAUAUCUAAAGUGAAACAGAUUUUUAUCGUCGUGUGUUUGAUUCACUGAGGAUGAAAAACCUUUGGUCAACAACAACAAUAAUAAUGAGCGAAAUGUUAGUGAUGUAUAUUAUUUGUUUCUAUCUUAGUUUCCACUAAAUAUUUAAUUCAUAUGUGAAGUAUCAUGGAGUCACAAAUGUAUGUAACAAGUUAAUUAAGUUUUAAAUAUAUUUUAAUCAAUAAUACAUAUAUAUGACUGUUAAGAUCACAUUCACUGAAAUAAAUGACUGAUCUGAAAUCAGACCGUUUUUAUGUUUUUAAACACCAAGUUAAACACUGAAGAUUCAUCAGUUGUUCAUAUAAAACAGAGAAUCAUCAGCAUAAAAACAGACAAAAGCUUCCAGUAAAAACACCAGAUAAAUAUAGUUCUUUUAAACAUAUAACAUAAUUUAAUAAUAACCAUUUAUAGUUCUACUUUCACUGAGUGGUUUAAGCCCAGUAUUUAUAUAGUGUCUGAUGUACUGCCCUCCUCACACCUCCAUGCACCUCCAGGUUUACUCAACAUUAUUUGGGUCUACAGAACUUAUUCACAUCUGAAGUACAGUAUCACCACUGUCUGGUAUUCCAUCCUCUAUCUGCUGGUUCUGGAGUUUUAAGACCUGAACUGUUUUAGUUUAUAUUUUAUUUUUAUUCCAUCACAGGAGAACCUUAUAAUCGAUGCAUCCAACAAUUAUUUUCUUUAAUAAUGAAUUGAUUAUUCUGUGAAAAUUACAUGUGAACAUGUUAUUUCAAAGGACAAAGAUGUUGAGUUUACUUUAGAUAUCAUAAUAUUCUUAUUUUAAUAUUAUAAUAUUCACGUGAGAAUCAGAUCCAGUUAAGUUUUUACAUUUUGCUCAAAAUUACUAAAAUACUUUCUGUUGUUAAACUAAUUAUUAUUAAUUGAUUAAUGAUCUGAUCAGUUCAGCUUGAGAGACCUGGUUGUUUUUUGGUGAAACAAUGAAACUGUCAUAUAGUGUGUCAGGAGGUCACUUGUGACAAUACAUCUUAGACAUAUUCAGAUAAAACCCAGUUUGUUUCAAUGUGUUCUCUGUUCAUAUUCUUAGAUAUUUUACCUUCAUGUCACAUUUUAAUAAUAAAGAUCAUGUUAAUCUUUUGUACAUGUUUUA